AUGUCGCGCUCGCAAUACGGCCGCCAUUCCAGCAACGACCUUGCCUACGGAGAAGAACCCCAAGCACAACGAUGGGACCGCGACCGCUUCGAACGCUACUCACGCAGACCUCCUGCCCCUGUCGAGGAACGCGAGACUUUCCGAUUCACCGAACAUGACCGCCCAGGUCGCCAAGAUAUACAUAUAGAGGAGAGAAUCGACAGAGGUCCGCCUCCUCGACGUGAAAGAGAUGUUUUCGCCGAAGACUCGUAUGGCCCUGCUGCCAGACCCCGUCGUUCAGACCGUGAACUCUUUGGUGACAGAGACCCUCGCGAGCUUGCCGACCUCCAGCUCGCACCCUACAGGAGAAAGUCGAUCAUCGAUCGUGAUUUCGAGUUUCGCGAGACCAGGAACGUCCCUCGUCCAGGUCUACAGAGGAGGCAGAGCAGUCUCGACACCUUCGACCGUCGACCACUACGUCGUUACGAGCAAGACGAGUACCGCAUCCCACCUGGCGUUCCGAUCCCACUGCCGCGUCGACGCUCUCCCUCACGCGGUCCCCCCGGCGGCUGGUACGAGGAGGAGUACGAAGAUGUGAGACGCAGAGACUAUUCUCCGCAGGAUUCGUAUCGCGAUGUCGAAAUCAUGCGUGAGAAGAGCGUCCAUCGCAGACGCGGAAACCGCGAUCGGGCAAGAAGCGAUGCUCGUAGUUCGACUACCAAGCGCAGUGGACGGACCACUCGCAGCUCUAGCAGUAGCAGUAGCAGCAGCAGCCGGAGCAGUGUCACCGAAGUCAGUCGACGCAGCAAGCACAGUAGACAUGGCAGUCCCAGUCCGCCAAAGAUUGGCAAGAAGGGAAAGACUCGCAUGCCCAAGAGGCUGGUACGUAAGGAGGCCAUCAUCAACCUGGGCUAUCCUUUCGAGGAGGAGGAGGACUUCAUUGUCGUGCAGAGAGCUCUGGACAAGGAGCACAUUGACGAAGUCAUUCGCAUCAGCGAGCAAUACAAGGAGCCGAAAACCAAGACGUACCGUUACGACGAGCCCGCCGAGGAGCACUAUGAGCACCUCAAGACCGAGUGGAUCAACCCUCCCAGCGUUCGUGCACCCUCUCCUGCACGCUCCUCUCGUACUCGCCGCAGUUCUCCAGCUCGUACAGUUCGCCACCCAUCGCCCGCCCCGCCUCCACCUCAGCCACAGACUAUCUACAUUCGCGACCCUCCGCCCGCUCCUCCUCCAGCUCCUAUCUAUAUUAGAGAACAAGCUCCUGCUCCACCUCCUGCUCCUAUCUACAUCCAGGAGCCAGCCCGGCCUGUUCCACCUCCACAACAACCCAUGACUAUCGUGCUGCCCGAGCGCCGCCGCGAACACAGCCGUGACGUCCACGCCGAAGUCCGCGCCCUGGAAGCCGAAGCCCGCGCUCUUCGUCUCGAACGUGAAGCCCAACAACACCACCAUCACGGUCAAAUCAUCGUAGCACAACCACAACAAAGUGGCUACGAGAUGGUCGAGUACAGAGAACGUCGUCCCGACCGAGGAAUCGUCGAAUAUGUGGAGCGGGACAGAAGUCCCAAGAGAGAAGUCAUUCGUGUCGAAAAGGACCGGAAAGGUAGGAUGGCGCUUGUCAGGUCUGCGCGGUGA